AUGUCUGAUCCAGCAGAGCUUAUCGGGAGGGCCGAAAAGAAAGGUGUCCCAUCAUCAGGUUUUAUGAAGAUAUUUGGAUCUUCAGAUUCUUCUAAAUACGAGGAAGCCGCUGAUCUAUGUUGGCAAGCUGCAAAUCUUUACAAACUUCGUAAAGAUUUAAAAUCUGCAGGUGAAGCAUUUACAAAAGCUGCAAAUUACCAAUUAAAAGCAGGCAGUGACGACGAGGCAGGAAACACAUUUGUGGAAAGUUAUAAGAGUUAUAAAAGUAGCGGUCAAUCAAUCGACGCAAUAAAUUCAUUGCAAAAAUCAGUAGAAAUCUUCACCCAAAGGGGACAAUUUAGAAGGGCUGCCAAUUAUGAAUUUGAAAUGGGUGAACUUUAUGAAACCAGUGUUACCGACUACCCUAAAGCCAUCGAAUGUUAUGAAACUGCAGGUGAAUGGUAUUCUCAAGAUCAAGCCCUAGCAUUAGCAAAUAAGUGUCUGGUAAGAUGUGCAGAUUUGAAAGCAUUAAAUUCUCAAUAUUUGGAGGCCAGUGAAGUCUACGCCCAAUUGAUUAAAAAUAGUAUGGGUAACAGAUUAAGCCAAUGGUCAUUAAAGGAUUAUUACUUGAAAAUGGGCCUUUGUCAAUUAGCUGCUACCGAUUCUGUAGCUGCCGGCCGUACUCUAUCAGAAGGUCGCCAGGAAGAUCCAAACUUCUCCGAGUCCCGUGAAGCGCAAUUAUUACAAGAUCUGAUAGAGGCCGUCGGUGAAGGUGACAGCCAGUUAUUCAGUGACAAAGUAUUUGCCUUUGACAAGUACAGUAAGUUGGAUAAGUGGAAAACGACGAUUUUACUAAGAAUCAAAGAAAGUAUAUCACAGGCAGAAGACGAUCUGUUGUAA